AACUGCUUUGUACCCGUAGAUCAUUACUGUUAUACCCCGAGAUCGAAGAUUGUUUUUAGUCCUCCUCGAUACGUCAAUCACAUUAAUUUGAAUUAAGGUCAAAGUCAUGUUGACAUUUGCCACAAUGGAGGGUUUUCACGCUCGGGAGCAUAGUGUUGCACAUACAUGUUUAUUGAUAUGAAGUCUUAAACUUUUCUAAAUUUUUUGACAAAGGUUCAUUGAUGGCAGACAAAACAGACGGAGAAACAUAUCGUUGCUCCAAUCAUUAAUUUCAGGACAUGAAUUCUUAACUCCUCUCAAAGUACUAAAAACACAAAUAUAUAUCUUUUGACCUACACUCUAUCAAGUAAUGUGUAAUGUUGUAAUAUUAACGCCCAUGGAAUCCGUUCUUCACUCCAUUCUGGUGAGUUAUGAUUUAGAACCUAUAGCGAAUAUGUCACCAGUGCAUUCAUACCGUGUACACCGACAAAAAAAUCCAGUGAAGAAAGAGUAUAUUAUGAUGCCAUUAUAGUAACCAUUCUAAACUUAAUUUUAAAACAAAAAUUAAAUUUUGAAGAGUAUUUUAAAAACACGACAUGUGUAACUCUAAUUCUAAUUCAUAUUUAAAAUAUGACAUUUAAUAUCAAUAAUUCUGAUCCCAUUAUCAUUUUGCAUGCCUAUACAGCGUGUGAUCCGUAUAUUUGGUUCAUGUGUAACCCUGGUAGAGCUACACUCUGUACAUCACUGAUAACCCUGCAUCGGACCAUAGCGAUGGACUUAUCACGCCACCUAGCGACUCCAGGUCACACAUCCCAGCGAUUACAGAAAUGACGGAGUUUGUGCGGUGUCUUCUCGUGAUUUAUGGUUCUUUCUUUAUUGCACAGGCUCUUUCUGUGCCGGACGAACUGAGAUCCCUUUGUCCUAAAGACAUAGCUCUGGAUCCACAGUAUGUCUGGACGUACGGUUCUUCGUGUCUACAGCUUUCCCUAGACAAGCAUGACUGGCCGCAUGCGCGGGAACGUUGUCAGCGUCAUGGCGGAGAUCUCGUGCAGAUCCGCUCGGCCGAUAUUCAGGGUUCCAUCAUACAGAAAAUAAGGCAACUACAUCACCACGUCAAAACAGGGUUUUGGAUCGGGGCGUCAGAUCAGCAUCACGAGGGCCGCUGGGAAUGGGUAUCAGGCGAGAAGACUAUGACGUAUGACAACUGGAGCCCUCACCAAGGACCGCAUCAAACUGGGUUUUUGUUGAUUCCAGGGGGAGGGACGGAGGACUGUGGACUACUAAAAGUGGAUGAUAAUUUCAUGUGGCAUGACUACCCCUGUCACAGCGGGAUAGCCUUCUUCUACCCAUACAUCUGCCAAUUUGAAAUACCCCAAACAACAAGAGCAGCGAAACUUUCAACUACAACAAGUAUUUCACAUCCAACACCGUUAGUUACAUAUAACUUCAAAUCAACGCCAUCAACAACAACAACAACUCUACUAACUACAACAUCACCCACAGCGCUGCUUACAAAGCCUUCAGUGUCAUCGUUAAAAACAUCUACAUUCCUGUCUAUUUUAACGGCAAAACAUUCUCAUGAGAUAACCCAGAAAUUUCCAUUGCUGACAAACAAAAAUACCACUAACGAACAACCCAAUAACCCCACGACAGAGGAACGAGAGAUAUUCGUCACAGAGCACAGUCAACACGUCACAGAGCACAGCCAACACGUCACAGAACACAGUCAACACGUCAUAGGAGACAAUCAACAGGUCACGAAGCACAGUUAUCACGGUCAAACCACUGCACACUCUACACAACAAGGUGUUCAAGACGGCGUGAUCAUUAUAGGAUAAAGAAUUCACAAAUUUUAAUUAAAACAAAGUCCCCGUGUUUCCCUGAUGUAUUCUUCAUUUGUGCUGUUUUUAAAACUACAUUUGUACAAACUGAAAACAAAUUACAACAUACUACUGUGCAUAUAAUGCUGUAUAAAGUAAUACUAUGAUGUGUCUAUCAAUUUUAGCCAAAUUCCCCUCGGUUAACUGCAUAUACUUUGUAUUUUAUGAUUAUAACAUCAUGAAUUUUAAGCGACCAGCAAAAGAAUAAAUCCACUUCGUGAAUACGUUGUAGAUACAUAUAUGUCCUGUCUGCCUAUCCGUGUGUCCAACUGUCUCACCAACAACAUUUCACAUGUUUAGUGACAUGUGAAAUGUCUAUGGUGAGACAGUAUUUGUUUCUCUGUAACUUUGGGUCCUGUCAUACUAUAAAAUCCCGAUUAAUUUGCCAUCUAAAUUUGUUUCAUUACAUGAUGUCUAAAAAUAUAUGUAACUUACAAUUUAUCUUAAUUACUGGAUUGUUAAUUUGAUUGAAAUUAAUUUCCUAUUGAAUAUGAUAUGACAGUAGGUGUCUACAUGUGUUUUAAAUUACACUGCAUAUGGAUUUUGU